GACUGUGAGCAGAUUAUGCGUAUAGAGUUUGCUGAAUACCACAGACAAUUGAAACUUCGAUAUGAAGAGCACUUAACCUCUAUUGGUACAUUUCAUCAGCAGCUGGAGGAAGUUGAUGUAGAAGAUGCUGCGACUCGCGAAGGCCAAUUGCAGCUACCCAAGUAUGACUAUUCCAGCUCUGGGCGUGAAAAAUUUAAUGAGUACAGUACAACUGAAUCAUCUGAUGAUGUUGAAAAGCAAGAGCUCGAUGAAUUAUCAGACGAAGAAGAAGUUUCCUUUUUUGAUACAAAUGAGUGCUUUGGUGAUCCUAUAGUUACCUGUGCCGCUGAAGUAACAUCCUCAAAUGUGUCUAAUAUAAUUUCUGGAUUUAAUACUAACCAUUGUGAUGCAAAGAUAAUGGACGUUGAGUUACAGCCUGAUUAUCCGAACAUGUUGCUCCAUAUCCCAAGGCGGAAGAAGUUGCCAGAGCCUAUUGAAAAGGAGAAAGGUGUUAGCCUUUGGUCAAUGAUUAAAGAUAAUGUCGGAAAGGACCUCACACGAGUGUGCCUUCCUGUUUUCUUUAAUGAACCAUUGUCUUCACUGCAAAAGUGCUUUGAAGACUUGGAGUACUCAGAUCUAUUGGAUCAAGCAUACGAGUAUGGGAAAAAGGGGAACAGUCUCAUGAGAAUUCUGAAUGUAGCUGCCUUUGCAGUCUCUGGAUAUUCUUCUUGUGAUGGUCGCCCUUGCAAACCUUUCAAUCCUCUGUUAGGUGAGACAUAUGAAGCUGACUACCCUGACAAAGGAAUCCGCUUCUUUGCUGAAAAGGUUAGCCACCACCCUAUGCUUAUCGCUUGCCACUGUGAAGGUAGAGGUUGGAAAUUCUGGGGAGACAGCAAUCUGAAAAGUAAAUUUUGGGGACAAUCUAUACAAGUAGACCCUGUUGGUGUACUAACCUUGGAAUUUGAUGAUGGUGAAAUUUUUCAGUGGAGUAAGGUCACAACAACUAUCUAUAACCUAAUUCUUGGUAAGGUAUACUGCAAUCACCAUGGUACAAUGAACAUACGGGGAAACCAGCAGUAUUCUUGUAAAUUAAAGUUCAAAGAGCAGUCACUCCUUGACCGCAACCCUCGCCAGGUACAAGGUCUUGUUGAGGAUGCUAAGGGAACAAAAGUUGCCACUUUAGUAGGUAAAUGGGAUGACAGCAUGUGCUGCUCGUUUGGUGACGAAGUCCUUAAGUCCAAGAGCUCUUUUUUGACAGAAAAUUCAACUUUGUUAUGGGCAAGGAAUAAGCCUCCUCCUGACCCCACUCGAUACAACUUGACAUCGUUUGCAAUUACGCUAAAUGAGAUAACAUCAGAUCUGAAGGGGAAACUUCCACCAACUGAUUCAAGACUCCGUCCGGAUCAGCGAUACCUUGAGAACGGGGAGUACGAAAAGGCAAAUUCAGAAAAGCUGCGAUUGGAGAGAAGGCAACGAAUGUCGAGGAAAUUGCAGGAAAAUGGGUGGAAACCAAGAUGGUUUCGGAGGGAUAGUGAGGAUGGAACAUUCCGAUAUAUAGGUGGAUACUGGGAAGCAAGGGAGCAGAUGAAGUGGGAUGACUGUAUGGACAUAUUUGGCGAGUUCUGAAAUGGUGUAACUAUGGUUCCCUGCUAGGAAGAACUUUGCAAUCGGAUGGCUUGUGGGCUUUGUGGGUCGAUGGAGUUGCUGAUUGAAGAUGCUUAUAUCCAACUGUUUAUUCCUUUGUUGUUUGAUAUUGUUAUUCAGUUUAGGGCAAGAGGACAUUCUUUGUAACAUGGUUAUUUUAUAUUGUAACUUAUUGCCCCUUUUGUGAUUAAUUAGCAUAACUUAAUGAUCCGAGGGCCA